CGAUCUCAUCUCUUUUGUCUGUGUUCAAGGCAAUUACUUCUUAGAAAGUGGAAUUUCUUCAGAAUGACUAUGUACAAGAGCAAACGCAGAAACCAAAGAUAUAUCAACAUGGCAGGAGAACCAAAACCAUACAGACCUAAACCUGGCAACAAGCGGCCACUUUCAGCACUUUACAGACUUGAAUCAAAGGAGCCUUUCCUGUCCGUUGGUGGUUAUGUCUUUGAUUAUGAUUACUACAGAGAUGAUUUCUACAAUCGGUUGUUUGAUUACCAUGGCCGUGUUCCCCCACCACCCCGUGCAGUGAUUCCACUGAAGCGUCCUCGUGUGGCUGUAACAACAACUCGCAGAGGCAAAGGGGUUUUCUCCAUGAAAGGAGCAUCACGAUCCACCUCAAGUGGGGCUUCUUCCUCAGGAUCCAAAUCACCCACCUGCCUUCCCCUGCCCCUUAUGUGGAGUGAUACUGUCCUUGGAAGCGUCACUGGAAGAGGAAGAGAAAGAUCAGUGAAAUCAGACGAGUUGCAAACAAUCAAGAAGGAAUUAACCCAAAUCAAAACAAAAAUUGACUCCUUGCUAGGGAGACUGGAAAAGAUUGAAAAGCAGCAAAAAGCUGAAGCAGAAGCUCAAAAGAAACAAAUGGAAGACAAUGCUGAUUUGAUUCAAGAGGAAUGCAUAUCAGAGAAUGCAGAUAACUCUACAGAAGAGCCAAUUGAAGGAGGGCCAGAUGCAGAUGGGGAUGGAGAAGAUAUGACUGAUGGGAUAGAGGAGGAUUUUGAUGAGGAUGGCAGCAAUGAGCUGUUUCUACAGAUCAAGUGAUGAGAUGUCAUGUGUGAACCCCCUGAAGGCUGAGAAGAGAAACUCUGACUCCCCCACAGAAAAUUGUGAACUGCGGUUUCUUACUGGCUAGCAACACCUUUGAUCAAUUUGUAUGAAAACUCAAUUUACUUAUUAAAAUGGACGUUAUUGUUCAAAUAUUAGAAAUUCCAUUUCUUAUAUGUUCUAAGCUGUACAAUUGUCAGAUUUUUAUGGUUUAGACUGUAAAUGUGUUUUUCUCUGGCUAAUUAUUGGUAUUAUUUUUUUAAUUUUGAUGUCUGAAAGGCCAAUGUACUGUAUCAUAAUAAUAUGAAGGACAUAUUUAACAGGUGUGGGAAACACUGUAUACAAAUAUAUAUUUCUAAAAGCUAUUUUUAUGAUUAGCAUGUUUUACUGUUUUACCAUAUUUAGGGUCAGGUGAUAUUGCACUUCUUUGUUUACAGCUUAAUUCAAACAAGAUCACAGUUAAAAACAUUGUAUGGUAUUUUCUAUUAUUUUAUUUAUUAUAUUUAUCAUUGGAAUAAUUAUGUUUACUAAUAGGGAUAGCUGCUAAAAAGUGAAAAUGUCAAAAUAAGAGAGCAAUCCUUCAUAAACUGUAAAUUGCAUCCUCCUGUAAAUCCCUUUCUUCAGAUAAACACUCUCUGUGAUGCCAUUCACUAGACAGCUGUUACAGCUGUUCCCGCAAGUCUCUAAAGGCAGUUUGUUGUUACCAUAUGGAAAGUUUACAUGACAGUCAGUCACCUGUCUAGCCAGGUAAUUUACUUACAGACUGCCAAUUUCUGACAACCCGAGUUAGCCUACUGAUUAGUUUUUGGUUUAUUUUCUGGCAGUAGUCUUUCCACUCCUGAACCCCUAAAGCCUUCCUAAAGCCUGCAGUUGGAAUAAUUAAUUAUUACAGGUGUUGUAGGGGGAAUCUCAGUAUAGAAUUUCUUAAUAAAUCAUAUUUCUUUUCAAACA